AUGUCGGACACUCUCAUUUCACCACAGACACUGAAACUUCUGGUGGAUUCAAAGGUGGAGUCACGACAGAAGGGGGCGAGGGAUGUGGCGUCAAAGACUGCCGUCAUUUUUGUAAAAUAUCCUUUGGUGGAGGCAUAUGACAUUGUCACGCGGGAGCUACGUGAGGCGGAGGCGAGCCUUCUCUCCGUCAAUUCUCCAAUGCAUCGAAGAGGAGGCCUUGGCGCUGUGCGGGCCAUUGUGGGAUCUUUGCCGUCGCGAACUCAUCCUUCCGAGGUGGUGUCUUUGCUUUCCUCCAUUAUUUUUGAAAGCUUUACGGAUGUUGAUGCGACGGUGCGACUGGCGGCAUUGGAGGCAGCACACGCGCUCGUUCGUCAACUUCGGAUCCAGUUGUUGGACGUGUGCUUCAUGCAGGUGUUUUGGGGCCUCGCUUCCUGCAUCAACGACCAUGAUGGACGCGUGGCACUGUUGGCGGGGGAGGUUUCCCUGUCACUUCGGGAGCUCAUCACUGGCAACGAGUCCUUCAAGUUCCAGACCGAACAAUUUGUCAAUUUCAUCACAGAGUUACUGGAACCAUACAGCAACACAACAAACAAUGAAAAGACAUUUGAUUUAUUGGUUGUGAAUUGGUGCGUGGAAUGGAUUGGUCAUGUGCUUGACCUUCCCGGUGAUGAGCUUAUCCUCCUCUUGUGGAGAUUUCUAAAGCCUCUUUUGAUGAUUUCCGGCAGGUGCGGUGGAGGGGAGGUGGCACGACUUCUCCAAAAGUGCCUUCGCGACACCAAGGAUGCCUUUUAUCGGCACAUGAGCGUCCAACUGGACAGUCUGCUCUUGAUAGCCGCUGAAUGCGUAGAGGGAGCCGAGGUAGCUGUGACAAGGAAAAACGCAUUGGAGUGGAUGCUCGAACUGUUGAAUAUUGCCACGGAUGAGUUGGUUCAUCUUAUAGGCAGGGUCAUUAUGGCUUUUUUGUUGCAGUUGGGAUCCAAAGAUCUCGAGACUCGUUUGGCGGCCCAAAAUGUCAACCACAGACUUAUGCAGCUCGUUGCGUUGAAACAGGAUGGCGUGAAAAAUGUCCCUCACGACGCCGUGCUGAAAAGUGUGGCUUCUCAACUUACUGGUCGAGGCAAUGAAGAAUCUCGUGUGGCUGCUUUAGAAUGGAUAGCGCUCAUUUUGCACACAGACGCAGCCGUUGUGGAACGCGGCUUUAGCGAAACGUUUGAAACCGUUCUUAUUUUGCUGUGCGACCAGUCUGCUCACGUCGUUCACAAGUGUAUCGAGACGCUGUGUCUUAUCUCGGGGGAAACAAAUUUUGACUACUUUGUUUCGCGACUUGUGGAUCUGUUUCACGCAAAGGCUGACGUUCUGUUACCAAAGGCACCCACAAUUAUCAAGCAGCUCCAGUUGCGGUACCAGGGUGAGGACUUGAGCCAGUGUGAGAAGUUGUGUCUAAAAAUUUCUUCGGUGCUUUCUGUCCAUGAGGACAAGCGUUUUUUGGAGAAAGUUGUCAUCACGCUGAGUACGUUGGUGCUGACAUCAAGGGAGUUUCUCCCUCUUCGUGAAAUAUUGAAUCGCGGCGUGGAUGAUGAACGGGCUCGCACAACAUUUGUUGGUAUGUAUCAAUGUUGGCGGUACAACACUGUAGCAGCCCUUUCACUUUGUUUGCUUUCGCGUGCCUAUGAACACGCUUUCCAGCUGAUUCAAUUUAUGGGCAGUCUGGAGAUGUCUGCGGCGACACUUCUGCAGCUGGAACGACUUGUACGUCUAAUAGAGUCGCCCAUAUUUGCCUACAUGCGGAUGUCAUUAAUGGAACCUUCGAGGUGUUUGCCGCUUGUACAGACCCUGUUCUCUAUGCAACUCAUAUUACCGCAGGGGUCUCCGCAGCAUUCUUUGCUUUAUCGCCGACUAAAGUUAAUUCCAAGUCUUGUUACACUUGAGCGCGAGUCGCAGGCACGUGGGGUGAGUAAGAAGGAGAGUCCUAUUGACUGGAGUCAGCUGCUGGAGCUGAGCAGGGAGGCACAGCGGUGUAUCUCGGAUUUUGAGCGAAGACUUCUCCUUCAGCGGUUGGGAGAUACAGGCUUGCCAUGA